UGGCGGCGUGGACUGCUCAUUUAAAAUUGAUGCGGGGCACAACAUCGACUAUAAUCGAUACAUUGGCAAACGAAUACGGUGAAGUGCCCAAGGCAGUCCAGCUGAAAGGCUACAGCAACUGGGUCCAGGGUUACAUGCACGAUAUUCUCGCAGAGCAGGGGCUAGGUUGAGCUCCCCGACCCGUCGGAGGAUGGACAGCUUCUUCAGGGCUGCAGUGUGUGAGCUGGACAAGCUGCUCGACGAUUUUGAGCAAAACGAAGAGGAGCCCGGGUGUGCCGCAGCUGGGGUGAUGUCCUGUUCCCCCGCCUCCUCGGACCCUCCCGGACGCCAUUUUGUCCCACUCAGUCCGCUUGAUGUCUUUCCACCCUCUGCUGGUGCACUUGAGACUGUCGGUGUAGCUUUGAUGAAUGGGUCAGAGGCCCCCGGUCCUCCCCAGAGGGGGGUGAAGGAAGCUGUUCUCCAAAAUGGCGGUUCCCUGAACCACGCUAGUGGCGGGGUGCCUGACCUCGCUGAAGAGGCCGGAGGCAGAAACACUGAAGAAGAAGAAGAAGAAGAAGAAGAAGACCUUGAGCUGGGCUGUGGUGCACAGUUAGACCUCCAGGGGGCGCCAUUGCCAGACGCCAUUGCCAUUCUCUCCUCUGGUCUCCCCAGAGACCCUCCUGCAUCUGUGGUUGAUCCUGCAGAGAUGGAUGAGGCAGGGGUAAUGGAUAAUGAUGGCAUCCGUUUGGCAGCAGAAGCCGUCCCCCCUGUAUUUCAGGUGCAGAGGACGUUUUCAGUAGACGAUGCGGUGAGCCAUUUAACCUGUAGAGGGCCUGUCUCUGACCCCUAUAGGGGAAUAGCCAAGUCACUUUCUGGGACGCUUCCUUGGGUGGUAUCCUUGUCCCACGUCAGCACGGCCCCUGAGAGCCCAAAAGAGGCUCGACCCCGCCCUCGCACCGUAGGCCCAAAGCCCCUUCCAGACGUCCCAGAAGGCUUCCUACUGGAGAGAUCGUCCGUCACGGACCUAGAGCUGGACGCCUUCCUGAAGGAGCAGUGCGAGAGAGAGGGGCGGGCCUCAGAGAAACAUGCAGAUGAGGGCUUCUCCGAAAUGAACGGGGACCAGGAGGGAGGCCCUGUCCCGGCGGAGGGGGACGAGGGUCCGGAGAGCAGAGAGGCUGGGGGCUCUGGCAGACAUGGCGGUUUCGAUACAGAGCCUUCGCCGACAGCGACGGACGAUGAAGACUCCUACUUCUCCUCUCCGUCUCUGGACCCGAGCCCAUGUGAGGUGCUUCUGGCCGGCAGGGCUGUCCGUGAGGAGACGUUAGAAGGUCCCCCUCCGUCCCUUGACCCUGGUGAUGGCCGCUGCCAUAAUUUCGGAACGAUGAGGCCCAAACAGCUGUGGUUUGAGUGCCAGAGUCCCAGGACCCUGGAGGCCAGGGAAAGGAGUGAGAAAACACACGCUCCGCCCACUGGAGAACUCUCAGCCAAUCACAUCCAUGCUCCUCCCCCAGCCCAUGAAGACAUCCCUACCCUGCCGGUGAUUGGCUCUGGCCAUACUCACCAGAAGACCUAUGAGAACAGCUCUGGUUGUGACGAUCUCUCUGAAGCCCCACCCUGCUCCUUACCCUCCCCUUCCCACUCCCACUGCACCCCAGACGAGUCAGCCUGUCCGGGCAGGGAACGGAGGGGCCGGCGCAGUUUGGGGGUGAAGCAGCCCUCCUGGGUGCCCGACUCGCAGGCUCCCAGCUGCAUGCACUGCCUGCAACGCUUCACCUUCACCAGGAGGAGGCACCACUGCAGGGCGUGCGGCAAGGUGUACUGUGCCAUAUGCUGCAGCAGGAAGUGCCGUCUGAAGUACCUGGAGAGGGAUGCAAGGGUGUGCCUGACCUGCUACCGAGUCAUUCACAGAGAGAGGACGAUGAGCCCCAGGGGUCCCAGCCCAAACCCCAGCAUCCCGUCUGAGUACUGCUCCACCGUCCCGCCCCUGCAGCAAGACCACACCUCCGGGACCCUCGCCUCGGCCCCGCCCACCGUCAUGGUGCCCGUCUCAGUGCUCAAACACCCCGGCAACGACGCGUUUCCUCGAGAGCAGCGGCAGGUGUGGUUCGCUGAUGGACUCCUGCCAAACGGCCAGGUCGCCGACACCACCAGACUCGCCUCGGGGGGCAAGAGGAGCGCCGCCGAGCCCAGCUCUGUCACAGCAGAGCCCCCGGUGGCACAGGAAACGCUGGGGGCCCAGGCGAAGGACCCACAGGGAGACAGACCCUCGGGGGGCCCCGCAGAGGCUCCGGGGGGCCAGGGGGUGGUAGACGAGCGGCCCCCGGCGUCUGGCCCCUGGGACUACAGCCUGCUGGCUAGAGUGGCUGGCUGUGUUGAGAGGAGCAGCAGCCUUCUGCCUGAGGAAGAGGAGGGUCUGCCCCCCCUGCUCUUCAUCACUGAGGAGGAACAAGGAGGAGAUGUGCAGGUUCAAGUGCGCCCCUCCCCCAGCCAGAUACUGCGACUCCUGGAAGAAGGGGGGCCACGGCCUUUGACCUUUGUACUCAACGCCAACCUGCUGGUCAACGUAAAGCUGGUCACCUACUGUGACAAGAAGUGCUGGUGCUUCAGCUCCAAUGGGCUGCGAGGGGUGGGGCAGCAGGAGCUAGUUUUAAUGCUCCAGAGGCUACCAGGAGAGGGCGCUGUCCCCAGAGACAUCUUCAGCCUCUACAUCAGGGUUUACCAGGACGCCCAGCGAGGGAGGUUUGUGGAGGACUUGGGCAGCGUGACACUGGAGGGCAGCUUCCUGGGCAGCGGGGAGCAUGGAGGAUUCCUGUUCUUCUGCCCUAACCAUCAGCCCCUGGGGGGCCUCUCUGUGCCCCCGCCCCCUUUCCUGUGUGGACUGCUCAUCCACAGACUGGAGGUCCCCUGGGCAAAAGUGUUCCCCCUGCGGCUGCAGCUCCGACUGGGGGCCGAGUACAGCGUCUACCCCAGCCCGGUGGUGAGCGUGAGGUCCCGCAAGGCUGUGUACAGGGAGACGGGACACACCAUCAUGAACCUGCUCUCCGACCUCAGGAACUUCCAGUACAGCUUGGCCAUGGUGGAGGGGCUGCAGGUACACAUGGAGAUGGGGAACAGCUACAUUCUCAUUCCCAAAGCCAGAUUUACCCAGAUGCUGAAAGUGGUGAACUCGUCCAAUGAGCACGUGAUUAGCGUGGGCGCCGGUUUCAGCCCGGAGGCCGACUCCCACCUGGUCUGCUUCCAGAACGAGGACGGGAACUACCAGACCCAGGCCAACAGCAUGCUGGGAAGGACCCGGACCGUGACGGGGGCCAGCUUCGUGGUGUUCAAUGGUGCUCUGAAAGCCUCCUCGGGCUUCAUCGCCAAGUCCAGCAUUGUGGAAGACGGACUGAUGGUUCAGAUCACGCCCGACACCAUGGAAGGCUUGCGGCAGGCGCUCCGGGAACAGAGAGACUUCCAGAUCCUGUGUGGGAGGACCGACUCCACAGAGACACGGGAGAACGUCAAUGUGCGCUGGGUGGACCGCCCACUGCUCGCUAAUGCUGGAAUGACCAGUCCUGUAGACGGCAGGUCACUGCAAGAGGCCCUCAGGCUCCGUAUGGAGCAGAAUGCAGAGUUCCAGAAGGACGGCAAGACCAUCAAGUGCACUGAGGUGUUCUACCUGCCGAAGGCCCCGGACUGCCCUGUCUCAGCUCCACCAUCGCUGUUCUGCCGCUUACAGCAGGAGAUCGCCACGGCAACCUGCGCUGCCCUAUGCCCCAAUCUCACCGCGCUGAAAGACCGGGGUAUCAACUUCCUGGGCCUCCGCAUCUCCUCUGACAACGACAUGGUGGAGUACCAGGCAGGCUCUGGGGGGCAUGCCCUGCCCCAGAGCUACAUGAACCAUCUGGACGGCGCUUUGAUCCCAAUCAUCCACGGCAGGACCUCCAGCAUCCCGCCCCAGCCCUCUGACAUGGAGCUGCUCUUCUACAUCACCCAAACCGUCUGAGCCCCUGAGCACUGCCCCUCCUCAGGGGGCAUAGGUCACCCCGCAGGGGGGCGGGCUGGAACCCCCCCAGGCAGUGACCGGUGGUCAACCUAGCCCCAACGGGACAGUUCCCUGCUCCCUCACACGCUGACCAAACACUGGUGCUUCACAGACAGUGCUCUGCGUACCCCUGCUCAUCUUCACAGGAAUGUGGUCGCUUAAACACUCGAGAGCGGUUGUGUGUUCAUUGUUGAAAACGUGAGGAAGCUUAAUCUUCCCGACACCUAAUCCUAAAGGAUAAGACAGAGUGAAAAAUCGGAGACAGUUGUCAAGAAGAACUUUCCCCCUUACGCCGUUUCAUGUGAAAUUUCUGAAAGCAUUUUGGUUGAAAUGUACCCAGAGGUGUGUGUAAGCCACUCGCUUCCAAUAGACACAAAUUGAGCAGCGGUUUUGGGGGUUUUACUUCUUAAAUUUGUAAAGCAAGUGCGGGUACAUAAAUACAUGCGUAAAUGUGCACUCUUAAAAACCCAAGGCUGUUGUAGCUAAGCUAGCCUGUGUACAGAGAUGCUUCCCUCAGUUUUGAUGCUGGGAUCUGAUCCUGAAAUGUGAUUUAGGCUCAUCAUCACCACAUUUUAACAGCACAGUGGCAAGUCUUCAGAAAGUAUACCAAAUUAGAGAUGUGUAUAUGUACUGUUCAUUAUUCAGGUAAAAUACAGUAUUAUAAUUAAAAUUGAGAUUAUUAUAAUGUACUAUUAUGGUCGCUGUUUGUUUUCUUCUUCAUGUCCAGUAGAGAUGCCUUGACAUGCUUGUCAUUUCUGUCAUCUAUAGAAAAUGUAAGCCUCAGAGGAAUUGUAUUGAGUUAUUUGUAACAAGCUUAAAACCUAUUUUUGAAACCAUUCUGUCCAUUAAAAUAAAUAUUUUUGAUAUAA